AUCAUCUCCUACAAACACUCCCCAACUUUAUCUUAUUCUCCACUCCCUCUCCUCCCCUCCCCUCCCCUUCAUGGAUGCAUACAUUCCAAUUCCCCCUUCAUGCUUUUCUUGCCUCUCUUUCUUUCUUUAAUUUUCAGUUUUUUCAAGGUUUUUUUUUUUUUUCAUUCCCAAAUUCCAAUCAUCCCAUCAGUAGAUAAGAAAAAAUUGGAAAGAAAAAUAGUAUUAUAAUGCUCACAGAUCCCAAUCUGCCAUCUCUCUCAUCUGUGUGAAAAACCCCACAUUUUGGGAAUUGGUUGUAUUGAUUUUUGUAUGUCAUUGUGGUAGAGAAAGUAGGAAGAUGUCUGGUGGAGUACUGAGAGGGAAGAGAGAGGUGGUGGAGCGGUUGUUGAUGGUGGGUAGGUGUAACCACCGGUUCAUGCAGAAGUCGCCCAUCUCGACCCGGUUCGCGAACUGCCUGCAUAUGGGUUCCCACCGCCGGCGGGAGUCGCUGAUCGGAGUUCAGGAGAGGUACAAGUGGGACCACGGCGGCUCCGACGGUUUCCAGACGCGGAAGAUUAGGGCGGAAGCCAAUUGCCCUAGAUGCUCAAAAGUCAUGGAUCUCCUCUUCUCUAAUCGUCACUUUCCAUCCAAUUUCUCACCUGCCGUUCCCACUGAUAGUUCCAAUUCCAAGGGAAGUGGCGGGAGUUAUCAGGCGGUUAAUCUUUGCCCUAAUUGCAAAACCGCUUACUAUUUCAGGCCCUACAAGAUUGCCCCACUUCAGGGGAGUUUCGUGGAGAUUGGUAGGUCCGAUUACAACAAUACAAAUACGAAUCAUCCCAAAGGAAAGGAUAACGAGAAGAAGAGCAGCAAAAACGGUGGUGGUCAUGAGGAAGACUAUGGGAGCAGGCUCAGGAUGUCGUUUUGGGAGACUUUGAGGUCCUAUGGAGGCGACCCGCCGGAGAAUUGGCCACCUCCGCCGCCUCCGCCGUCGGGAAAUGGGCUGGCAGUGCAUACACCGCCGGGGCCGCCGUUUGCUCCUGGAGUUAAUGUGAUUCGGGCGGCCGGACCUGGUGUAGGGGGUAAUGGUGGUGGUGGUGGAGGAAAUGGGUCAUUUGGGGAGAGGAAUGGGUGGGGUGGGUCGAAUUUAGGGAAGGAUUUGCCGACGCCGAAGGAGAUCUGCAAGGGACUUGACAAGUUUGUCAUUGGGCAGGAAAGAGCCAAAAAGGUGCUAUCUGUGGCUGUAUAUAAUCACUACAAAAGGAUAUAUCACGGCUCCUUGCAGAAAGGGUCAGGAGCAGAAUCAGGUACAUCAGAGGUUGAUGAUGAUUCUGUGGAGCUGGAAAAGAGCAAUGUUCUCUUGAUGGGUCCAACUGGCUCAGGAAAAACAUUACUUGCAAAAACACUUGCUCGUUUUGUGAAUGUGCCCUUUGUCAUUGCUGAUGCAACAACUCUUACACAGGCUGGUUAUGUUGGAGAAGAUGUUGAGUCAAUAUUAUAUAAAUUGCUUACGGUUGCUGAGUUCAACGUACAAGCAGCUCAACAAGGGAUGGUCUAUAUCGAUGAAGUUGACAAGAUAACUAAAAAGGCUGAGAGCUUAAACCUUAGCAGAGAUGUUUCUGGUGAGGGUGUUCAGCAAGCAUUACUGAAAAUGCUGGAAGGAACUAUAGUGAAUGUUCCUGAGAAGGGAGCGAGGAAGCAUCCUCGGGGUGAUAAUAUUCAGAUAGAUACAAAAGAUAUCCUUUUUAUAUGUGGUGGAGCAUUUGUUGAUUUAGAAAAAACCAUUUCAGAUAGACGGCAAGAUUCUUCAAUUGGUUUUGGAGCACCUGUUCGUGCUAACAUGAGAACUGGUGGGUUAACCAAUGCUGUGGUGACAUCAUCCUUACUAGAAUCGGUUGAAAGUAGUGAUCUUAUUGCAUAUGGCCUCAUACCAGAGUUUAUUGGACGCUUUCCUAUUCUAGUUAGUUUGUCAGCUCUGACUGAGGAUCAACUUGUUAAGGUUCUCACAGAACCAAAAAAUGCUCUUGGUAAGCAGUACAAGAAAUUGUUUAGCAUGAACAAUGUAAAGCUACAUUUUACAGAGAAAGCACUCAGACAGAUCGCAAAGAAGGCAAUGGUCAAAAAUACGGGUGCUAGGGGUUUAAGAGCCCUACUAGAGAGCAUUCUAACUGAAGCCAUGUAUGAGAUUCCUGAUGUUAAGACAGGAAAGGAUAGAGUAGAUGCUGUUGUGGUUGAUGAGGAGUCAGUGGGUUCAGUAAAUGCCCCUGGAUGUGGAGGGAAAAUCCUUCGUGGAGACGGUGCAUUGGAUUGUUACCUUGCUGAAACCAAGUUGAAAGAUCCAGUGGAGAGUGGUGGCGAGGCAGGGGAUGGGGAAUUGCAGGAAGCCGAGUCGGAGGUCUCAUCAAGAGCCAUGAGCAUGUAACAUUCCUACCUCAAGUCAUUGAUUUGCCAUGUCCAAAAUUGACCCUUGAGUUUUUUUAGUUGUAAAAAUCACAUUCAUAAUUCGGUGUAAUUUAUCCCCUUGUAAAACAGCAUAGCUUCUGUUGUUUUAAUCUCAAUAGAAAAGAGGAAAUAAAAUUAAAAAGGUCAGGCAUAGCAUUGCUAAGUUUAGGAGCUCAUUGUACAAAAUAUUCACCAUUGAAGAGAAGGGGUUAAACUUUACACAGAUGUGAAGUAAUUCAUAAAUAAUAUUUCUAAUUUUUCCAUAGUUCUUUUA